AUGUCGGCUCGCGUGUUGGUGGUGGUCGUGGUGGUUGAGGUGCCUGUUGACAGAGUGGACGAUGUGCUGGAAAUCGAUGUGGUCAGGGAUGUGGUCCUUGUCAGAGAUGAUGAGGUGUGGGAAACUGACGUUGUCACCGACGUAGUCCUCGAAGAGGUAGCAGUGAAGGAGGUAGAUGUGGAGCUGCUGGUUGCAGAAACACUGGUGCUACUGGAGCUAGUUGAUGUAGUGGAAGACGUGGACAUUGAGCUGCUACUGAUAGAUGUCGUAGAGGUGGAAGAGGAAGUUGUGGAUGAGGUGGAUAUGCUACUUGUAGUAGAUGUAGAGGACGUUAGGGAGCUGGUAGAAGUCAAAGAUGUGGAGGUUGUGGCUGAAAUGGAGGAAGUAAGUGUGGUGGAUGUCGAACUACUUGAGCUGGAGCUGGAGCUUGCAGAAGAAGUUGUUGACGUUGAGGUGGUAGAUGAUGCCGUCUUGCUAGAACUGGUUGACGAGCUGGAUGUGGAAGAAGACGUAAAGCUGGUCAAGGAUGUUGUGGAGCUGCUGGAAGCCGUUGUGGACAUUGUGGACGAACUACUUGCCGUAGACGUGGAGGAAGAAGUAGAGGUGGAGGAGAUACUGGCAGUCGAACUGGAUGAAGUAGAAGAUGUGGAGCUAGAGCUUGUGCUGGCUGUAGAGGAUGUAGACGUCGUGCUGGUACUAGUGCUGCUGCUGGUUGAC